AUGGUAAAAGAUUUGAAGAAUGGGGAAUGCUUCCGAGCUGAUCAUUUGAUUGAAGCUCAUUUGGAGAAGAUGUUGGGUGAUAAGAAAACUUCAGAAAAUAGGAAAAAUGAAAUCAAAGAAUUGUUGCCCAGGAUUGAUGGUAUGAGCAAAGAUGACAUGGCUGAGUGCCUCAAGAAUUAUAAUAUGAAGUCACCUGUGUCUGGUAAUGACCUUUCUGAACCUAUAGAGUUUAAUUUGAUGUUUAGCACAUCAAUUGGACCCACUGGACAUCUAAAAGGAUUUCUUCGACCAGAAACAGCUCAGGGUAUUUUUGUAAACUUCAAGAGGCUUUUAGAAUUUAAUCAGGGACGUUUGCCUUUUGCUGGUGCCCAGAUUGGUAAUUCCUUCCGAAAUGAAAUCUCGCCUCGAUCUGGUCUUAUACGAGUCAGAGAGUUCACAAUGGCAGAAAUUGAACACUUUUGUGACCCAACUGAUAAAAGCCAUGCCAAAUUUGCUAACCUUGCUGACUUGGAUAUAAACCUUUAUUCUGCAUGUAACCAACUGGAUGGUAAGUCUCCUGAAAAGUGGAAACUGGGAGAAGCUGUCAAAGAAAAACUGAUUGCCAAUGAAACUUUGGGUUAUUUCAUGGGCCGUAUUUCUCAGUUUUUGACCAAAUUUGGUGUGGACCCCAACCGUCUGCGAUUCCGGCAACAUCUGUCCAAUGAGAUGGCUCAUUAUGCAAAAGACUGUUGGGAUGCCGAAUGCAAAACAUCUUAUGGUUGGGUUGAGUGUGUAGGUUGUGCUGAUCGAUCUUGCUAUGAUCUCACUCAGCACACCAAAGCCACUGGAAAAGGAGUAAUUGGGAAAGAAUUUAGACAGGAUGCCAAAAGUGUGAUUGAAUAUCUUUCAUCUCUGUCCAGUGAAGAAUUAACAACCCUUGAUACUGAUCUAAAAGAGAAUGGUGAAGUAGCCAUCACUGUAAAGGAGAAAGAAUUCACACUGAAGCCAGAUAUGGUCAACAUCAAGAGUUACCAGAAGACUGUUCAUGUCGAAGAGAUUGUGCCCUCAGUGAUUGAGCCUUCAUUUGGCAUUGGACGAAUUAUGUAUUCAAUAUUUGAGCAUAACUUCCGUAUCAGAGAAGGGGAUGAACAAAGAACAUAUUUGAGCCUACCAGCUGUGAUUGCUCCCUACAAAUGUUCUGUUCUUCCUCUUAGCAACAAUCCAGAAUUCCAGCAAUUUGUUAAAGGCCUGUCUGAAGCUCUAACCAAAGCUGAUGUUUCUCAUAAAGUGGAUGAUAGCAGUGGGUCAAUUGGUCGCCGAUAUGCUAGGACAGAUGCAAUUGCUAUUCCCUUUGGCAUCACCAUUGAUUUUGAUACAUUGAAAGAACCCCACACAGCAACUCUCCGUGAACGAGAUUCUAUGAAGCAGAUCCGGGCUCCGAUUGCUGAUUUGCCGAAUUUGGUCCGAGAAUUGGCGCUAGGAAAACAAGAUUGGCAGCAGGUUCUUGAUACCUACCCACUCUUUGAACAGCAGGAAUCGAGUAACAAGUGA